GGAGGGGAGAAACCGGCAUGAGUGUGGCGACACAGCCAAAGGUUCAAGCAGGGUUUUAAGGUCGGCGCGGCUGCUCCUACCUCCUCCUCCUCCUCCCUACUUCUUCUUCUUCUUCUUCUUCUUCUUCUUCGUCGCGCCGCGCUCUAUGAAGUUCCCUGCCGCUACGCCCACUCCACCCUCGCUCUCUCCUCCUCCUCCGUCUCUCUUCCACUUUCAUGUCCAUCUCUAAGCCCCCCAUUCCCUUCCUCGCCGCCUCCCGUUCCGUACCCUUCCUCCCGAUCGCCGCUCGCCGGACCCCCCGCGUCCGCCCGUCCCCGGUCAUGUGGCGGACCGUCGCCAGGCUCGCCGUCUCGGGGGUGCCGAGGCGGGUCCCCGCCGCCGCCGCCGGCUCCCGCCGUUGCUCCCGCGCCUGCAGCUUCCUCGGCCUCCCUCCGGAGCCGGCUGCCGAUUCCGGUAAGCUCAGGCUCAAGGAGUUCGAGAUGGGGCGGUCGGUGGUGGGCUUGGGUUUUCCGGAGGUCCUCCCGCGUGGUCGGGGCGGGGAGGUCUCGUCGAAUGAGGAUUUCGCGGGGCGGCCCAGCUUCGGGCUGGGGCUGAAUGGGUUCUGCCCCAAGGGGUACGCGAGCGUGGCGGAGGCCGAGGUGGUGUCUUCGACGGAUGUAGAGGAGGACGUCUCGGUUGCCGAGGAGGAGGAGGUGAAGGAGCUGUUGGUGGAGAUGACCAAGGCGGAGAGGAAAGAGAAGGUGUAUUGGAAUAGGCAGCGGAAUUUGGCCGCCAGAGGAAUGGGGAGCACGAAGUAUCACAGGCUGAGGAGGAGGCAAGUGAAGGCCGAGUGCGAGGCGUGGCAGCGGGCGGCCAAUGAGUAUAAGGAGCUGUUGAAUGAUAUGUGCGAGCACAAGCUGGCUCCGAAUCUGCCGUAUAUGAAGUCUCUGUUUUUAGGCUGGUUCGAGCCUCUGCGGAAUGCCAUUGCCGAUGAGCAAGAGUCCUACAGGUCGGGCAAGAGGAAGACUGCUUAUGCGCGUUUCUUCGAUCAGUUGCCGGCGGAUAUGAUGGCAGUGAUCACGAUGCAUAAAUUGAUCGCGCUGAUGAUGACUGGACGUGAACAUGGCCAUGGCCACGCCCGAGUUAUACAGGCAGCUUGCACGAUAGGCGACGCGGUUGAGCAGGAGGUUAGAAUACAAAGUUUCUUGGAGAAAACAAAAAAGAAGAAGGUAAAAGAAGAUGAUGAGGACAGAAGAGAUGGAACAAAUGCAGCAUCCCAGGAGCAAGAGAAGUUACAAGAGAAGUUAAGGCACAAAGUCACUGAUCUGAUAAAAAAACGUAAAUUACCGGCUGUGCAGAAGCUAGUGAAGGGACAGGAUGAUUUGAAACCCUGGGGCCAGGAGGCGAAAGCUAAGGUGGGAAGCCGUCUGAUUGAGUUGUUGAUACAAACUGCAUACAUACAGCCUCCUGCUAAUCAAUUGGCCGAAGAUCCACCUGAUAUACGGCCUGCAUUUGUGCAUACGUUCAGGACUGUUACAAGAGAUAAAAAGAGUUCCAGCAGAAGAUAUGGUCUUAUCCAGUGCGACCCAUUAGUUCUCAAAGGCCUGGAACGAACAGCAAGACAUAUGGUGAUUCCAUAUAUGCCGAUGUUGGUACCACCCGUCAAGUGGACAGGUUAUGACAAAGGGGCGUACUUGUUCUUACCUUCUUCCGUCAUGCGCACGCAUGGAGUUAGACAACAACGUGAAGCGGUUAAGAGGGCCCCUCUGCAGCAACUUCAACCAGUAUUUGAGGCUUUAGAUAUAUUAGGGGCUACUAAAUGGCGUGUCAACAAAAGAUUGCUUUCUGUUGUGGAUAGGAUAUGGAAUAGUGGGGGCCGCCUUGCGGAUCUUGUGGACCGUGAUGAUAUAGCUUUGCCGGACAAGCCAGAUACUGAAGAUGAAACACAGAUAAGAAAAUGGAAGUGGAAAGUAAAAUCCACCAGAAAGGAAAACAGGGAGAGACAUUCACAGCGUUGUGACAUAGAACUUAAACUUGCAGUUGCAAGAAAAAUGAAGGAUGAAGAGGGUUUUUAUUAUCCUCAUAAUCUUGACUUCCGUGGUCGUGCCUACCCCAUGCACCCCUACUUAAAUCAUCUUGGUUCAGAUUUAUGUCGUGGCAUUUUGGAGUUUGCUGAGAGUCGCCCCCUUGGGAAGUCAGGCUUGCGCUGGCUGAAAAUUCAUUUAGCCAAUUUAUAUGCUGGUGGAGUGGACAAAUUGUCUCAUGAGGGAAGAUUAGCAUUUACAGAAAAUCACUUGGAUGACAUAUUUGAUUCUGCUGACCUGCCUCUUGAAGGAAAGCGAUGGUGGUUGAAUGCUGAAGACCCAUUCCAAUGCUUGGCCGUUUGCAUUAAUCUCACUGAAGCUUUAAGAAGCUCUUCUCCGGAGACCUUUAGAUCAAAUAUACCCGUCCACCAGGAUGGUUCCUGCAAUGGUUUGCAACACUAUGCUGCCCUCGGAAGAGACAAGUUGGGUGCAGAUGCUGUCAAUUUGGUUGCAGGAGAGAAGCCUGCUGAUGUUUACUCGGGAAUAGCAGCUCGAGUACUUGAAAUAAUGCAAACGGAUGCAAAAAAAGAUCCGGCUGUGUUUCGAGAUGCAUUGCACGCAAGAACCUUAAUUCAUCAGGUUGAUAGAAAGUUGGUGAAGCAGACAGUUAUGACGUCUGUAUAUGGUGUCACUUAUAUUGGUGCGCGGGAUCAGAUAAAGAGGAGGUUGAAGGAACGUGGUGCGAUUAUGGAUGAUACAGAACUUUUCCGUGCUUCUUGCUACGCUGCAAAGACCACCUUAACUGCUCUAGGGGAGAUGUUUGAAGCGGCAAGAAGUAUUAUGAGCUGGCUUGGUGACUGUGCUAAGAUUAUUGCAUCUGAGAAUCAACCAGUUCGGUGGACAACUCCCCUUGGGCUUCCUGUGGUGCAACCUUACCGUAGAGUAGGAAGACAUCUUGUUAAAACUUCACUUCAGAUUUUGACAUUGCAACGAGAAACUGAAAAGGUCCUGACCAAGCGUCAGAGAACAGCUUUUCCCCCAAAUUUUGUGCACUCUCUUGAUGGUUCUCAUAUGAUGAUGACAGCAGUUGCCUGCAAGAAGUCAGGGUUGAACUUUGCAGGGGUUCACGAUUCCUACUGGACACAUGCAUGUGACGUGGAUGAAAUGAAUAGGAUAUUGAGGGAGAAAUUUGUCGAACUUUACGAAACUCCGAUCUUGGAAAAUGUACAGUAUCUUCCUUGUUGGAUAUUCUUUAUUUAUCGAAAAAUGGAAUAUCUACUUGGGAAAAAAUCUUUUUUCUAGAGUUUUGAUCGGAUUGCUGGAGAGCUUUCAGAAGUCUUUCCCUUCAUUAUCUUUUCCUCCUUUGCCUGAACGAGGAGACUAUAAUCUAAAAGAUGUUCUCGACUCGCCUUAUUUCUUCAACUAAUCCAGUAUGAGGAUUUCAAUUUGUACUCAGCUGGCAUGGCCCUGUGCCCCUAUGGUAGCAGCCAUGUUGCGUGACGCAUAUCACUAUAGUUUGACUUGAGGGUUGUCAAAAGGUCUCCUGUAGGAGUUCUUGCAUCAUGCAACGUGUACAUCGUGUACGUGUCCGGAGCCAUCGGAUCUCUGUCCAGUUACUAUGAUAUGUUGGGCCUUGGUAUCGAAUUACAUCAGACUUCACCAGAAGUCAGCUGUCCUCAUCUAGACAGGCAUGAGUUGGAUCUCAAAAACUUGAAAGUUCAGCCGCCUUAUAUGCAUGGAGAUACCGAAAUCAUGACACAUACAAAACUUCCAAAGUGAUGAGAGUACCGAUCAUGGGAUGUCAGGCUUGACUUGGGAAUUUGCGUCUUGUGGGGAAUGUCAGCCUCUCUUUCUUCGGCCAGCACUGUGGAUGAGAUCCAGGUAUUUUACUAGAGAAGCCAGGCGAUCUACGAGGAUAAGAGAACUCGUCCUGCUUUCCUGUGCUUAGGGACUGUCCCGCUACUAUCUGUAAUUGUCAAGUACAUAUGUUUAAAGACUUCUUGUGGUGCUCAGGACAUAUGCCAUCAGUCACUCUCUCAAUGUAAAGUGUAGAAAAAGGAGGAAUAAGAUUUGUUGUAUCAUGAAACUCAUUGUUUUGUGCAUAUGUAAAAAGGUUAACAAA